CAAGCUCUGCGGAAGAAAAUUCUUGACAACUUUCAUUCCAAGUCCGGUACACCAUGGAAGCGGAAGCAAAAGUCCAAUCGUCGGUGCCGACGGAAAUGCCGUCGCUCACCGAACGGGAAGAAUCCCUGAUCCGGCAAAUUUCCAGCUUGGAUCUGAAAAUCAAACAAAUAAAAAAGCUGGCCACCCUCCCAACCAACAUACGGGCCCGCCUCGAAACGCUUAAGAAAAUCCAGCAAGAGGUGCUGGAGCAGGAAGCGGAAUUCCACUCCAAGGUGCACCUGAUGGAGGUGGACUGGCAGAAAAGGUACGACGAAAUGAACGAGAAGCGACGGCAGAUAGUUAAGGGGACUUGCCCUACCCAGGCAAUUGAUGGAGCUUCUGGAAACGACGACGCGGGCGAUCAAAGCCAGGGCAUUCCGGAGUUCUGGCUGACGGUUUUUAAAAUGACUCCGGUGACUCAGACGAUGAUUCGAAACACGGACGAAGAAGUUUUGAAGCGUUUGGUUGAUGUAAGGGUAACGGUUCAGAACGAACCGCAGCCUGGAUUCGUGCUGGAAUUCGAAUUUGAGCCAAACGACUUUUUUGAAGAUCGGAUUUUGAAGAAGGAAUACUUGAUGCGAUGCGAACCGAAUCCGGAAAAACCAUUUGCCUUCAAUGGGUUCGAAAUUUACGACACAAUUGGUCAGGAGAUUCAUUGGAAGGAAGGGGCCAAUUUGGCCAAGAUGGUUGUGACGGAUGGGGUCGGGCAGAAACACGAGAUUAUGACCACUAGCUUUUUCAAUUUUUUUAAUCCGAAGGCUCUGGUAGAAGGUGAUCCUCUGCUUAGCGCCCAGUUCCUGGAAACGGAUUUCGAAAUUGGUUAUUACAUCAAGGAGCGCGUCAUUCCGAGAGCAAUUCUCUUUUAUUUGGGAGAAAUGGACGAUGAGCUCGAUGAUGUUUCGGAAUCGUUAGACGACGAUAGUCUGUGCAAUCUGGAGGAGAAGGAAGAAGUAACGACCGAAAAACACCCAAACAGCGAGGAGGAAAUCAAAGUGGAGACUGUUGCCUAGAUGCCUUAGUUGGUUUACUUAUACUACUAUGUCUUAUCGAAUAAUUAAAAUAUGUAAUUGAAUAAAGAAUCCCAGAUUAUACUUACAGA